AAAGAAGUUUGUCACUUAAUAGCAUUGAACAACCGGCUAGAAAGAAAGUGUGCUCUGAACUUGUGAGUGUUUCUUGAUUACCGGUUUGUAGUUAUACAAAUCUUGUUUUAGGACACCUGGGAUCUGAAAUCUAUACAAAGAGCGUUAUUUGCUCGUUUGGACAAGGCUAGUGGUUCAUGGACUGAUGAAGAUAAUAUUAAUAAUAUGCACGAUACAACUGCAAUCGGUGUGCUAGGUAAAGAAGAUAACAAAGAAUAUGACGACAAUAACGAUGGAACACAAUACAGCAAAGAUUAUGAUGGCUCCGAUUCAGAGACAUACUGA